UUUUUGUAAUUUGGUUGGUGAACGCGUAAAAAAAAGACAAAAAUAAAAUAAACUAGAAGAGAAAAAAAAAAUGGGAAUUUGUAAAACAUCAUAUCCAAUAAAUAGUCCAUUAUAUGAAGAGGAUUUUGAUUCAAAAUUGGAUAUAGAAAUUGAAGAAAUUAGGGUUUUGAAUAUGUCUUGCCCAGCGAUUUUGCCUGUGAAAGAAACUUUUUUCAUCUCUCAUGGCUCUCCUACACUUUCCAUUGAUGAAUCUUUGCCUGCAAGAAAUUUCUUGAAAAGUUUCAAACAAAAAUUUUUGAUGAAUCAAAAACCUAAUUCAAUUUUAGUGAUUUCUGCUCAUUGGGAGACUUCAGAACCAACUGUUAAUUCUAUUCGAGGAAGAAAUGAUACUAUUCAUGAUUUCUAUGGAUUUCCCAAAUCCAUGUAUCAGCUCAAGUAUCCUGCACCAGGAUCUCCAGAAUUGGCAAAAAGGGUGAAGGAUGUUCUCAUGGCCUCUGGGUUCCCGAUAGUGCACGAGGACAAAAAACGUGGUCUGGAUCAUGGUGCAUGGGUCCCUCUCAUGCUCAUGUAUCCAGAAGCGGACAUUCCUGUCUGCCAACUUUCGGUUCAACCUAAUAGGGAUGGUACUUAUCAUUACAACUUGGGAAAAGCAUUGGCUUCCCUCAAGGAUGAAGGUGUCCUCAUUAUUGGUUCUGGAUCUGCCACUCACAACUUAAGGGCUCUUGGUCCAUCCAAGAAUGUUUCUUCGUGGGCUCUAGAGUUUGAUAACUGGCUUAAGGACGCCCUUCUUAGCGGAAGGCAUCAAGAUGUCAAUAACUAUGACAUGAAGGCGCCGCAUGCAAAAGUUGCCCACCCAUGGCCCGAGCACAUCUAUCCGUUACAUGUUGCGCUUGGUGCUGCUGGUGAAGGCGUUAACGGAGAACUUAUUCACCACAGCUGGGAUCUUGGUGCACUAUCUUAUGCUUCCUACAGGUUUCCUAGCCUAAAUAGGUCUUCAUAGAUGAAUGUUUGUGUGUAUUUAUAAUAUCUGAUUGUGUUAUAUGUUGUAUAAACUUAUCAAAAGUGAAUUUGUUAUUAUAUAGAAUAAAAUAUAAAGACUUUGAUGGAUA